CAGGCUCGGGGCGACCGCGGGAUGCGGCGCUGAGCGCGCUCCGCUCGCUUUUUCCGUCCGUCUGUCCGUCCGUCGGUCUCCCCUCCCGGGCUGCCGCACACCGAGAUUCCCUCCCGCAGCCCAUGAUGUGCCUGGAAAGCGACGGCUCCUCCGGCAGCAGCCCGGUCUGCGGCGGGCGACUCCGAGCUGGCGACGAGGAGGAGGAGGAGGACGGCGAGCGGGGCUGCUGCGGCCGGGGUGCCGAGGGAGAGGUGCAGACGCUGUCGGGCAGGAUGAACCCCCCGGCGGCCGGCAAGCACCCCGACCGACCCGCCGCCCUCCGCAAGGCGCCGACCCUCGGCCGGGCCCGGGUAGCGGCCGCCGGCAUCCUCAGUGUGGGCAAUGUGCUCAACUACCUGGACCGGUACACCGUGGCAGGUGUGUUACUAGACAUCCAGCAGCACUUUGGAGUCAAAGACAGUGGGGCUGGCUUGCUGCAGACAGUUUUUAUCUGUAGUUUCAUGGUCGCGGCGCCGAUCUUUGGUUACCUUGGUGACCGGUUCAACAGAAAGAUCAUUCUCAGCUGUGGGAUCUUCUUUUGGUCAGCUGUCACUUUUUCAAGCUCCUUCAUCACUGAACAGUAUUUCUGGCUCCUUGUGCUCUCACGGGGUUUGGUUGGCAUCGGUGAAGCGAGUUAUUCUACUAUUGCACCAACCAUCAUCGGAGACCUGUUCACCAAAAACACGAGGACCCUUAUGCUGUCUGUGUUCUACUUUGCAAUUCCUCUCGGCAGUGGCUUGGGAUACAUCACUGGGUCGAGUGUGAAGCAGGUUGCUGGAGACUGGCACUGGGCACUGCGGGUAUCUCCACUCCUAGGAAUGAUAACAGGGACACUCAUCUUGAUAUUUGUGCCUGCUGCUAAAAGAGGAAAUGCUGAGCAACUUGGGGGGCAGCUGAAGGCUCGGACUUCAUGGCUGAGAGACAUGAAAGCAUUGAUUAGAAACCGCAGCUAUGUGUUCUCAUCCUUGGCCACCUCAGCUGUCUCCUUUGCCACGGGGGCACUUGGUAUGUGGAUCCCUCUGUAUCUUCACAGAGCACAGGUUGUGCAGAAGACAGCAGAGACCUGCAGCUCCCAGCCCUGUGGCACCAAAGAUAGUUUGAUCUUCGGAGCAAUCACGUGCUUCACUGGCUUCCUGGGUGUUAUCACAGGGGCAGGAGCCACCAAAUGGUGCCGGUCCAAGACGCAGCGAGCUGAUCCUCUUGUCUGUGCUGUUGGAAUGCUGGGAUCAGCCAUCUUCAUCUGUCUGAUCUUCGUGGCAGCCAAGAGCAGCAUCGUGGGAGCCUAUAUUUGCAUUUUUAUCGGAGAAACUCUUCUGUUCUCAAACUGGGCUAUCACAGCAGACAUACUAAUGUACGUGGUCAUUCCAACUCGCCGUGCAACCGCAGUGGCCUUGCAGAGUUUCACUUCACACCUCCUGGGAGAUGCUGGCAGUCCUUAUCUCAUUGGAUUUAUCUCCGACCUGAUACGACAAAGCACUAAGGAGUCCCCGGUGUGGGAGUUCCUCAGCCUGGGUUACGCGCUCAUGCUCUGCCCGUUUGUCGUUGUCCUGGGAGGGAUGUUCUUCCUGGCCACAGCCCUCUUCUUCCUGAGUGACAGAGCUAAAGCUGAGCAACAGGUGAAUCAGUUUGUGAUGCCACCAGCCUCUGUGAAAGUCUGAGACGCUGCCAGUGAAGGCAAGGACACGUGGACUCCUGCUCCCACCAUACCAGUCUCAAUCUGGAAGCCCUUCUGUGCUGGAUAUCAGUGGAUCCUUCAGCUCCACAUCACAGAGGGGGUCUCUCCACCAAAUCCAUCCCUCGCUCCAGCCUGCGGGGUCAGGCACCGGGAGAUGAGCAGGGCAGCCGGGAAGGUGGCAACUUCUGGAAUGUGAGGACGUUCACGGGGCCCCUGAGCAUGGAAACCAACUGUCCACUGUACCCAGAAAAGGCUGCCCAAGUGAGCAACUGUAGAUUGUGUCAAUGGUUUUAGUUGUAGCCAAUGAAGUCCACAUUGUUUGUAGGGCAGCUGGUGUCCAUGGAAUGCUGCUGCUCUGCCAGCACUCCCACUCCCACAGACUGCACUAGCUGAGGGCCUGUUUUGUACAUCACCUUUUCUUUGACACUGAAGGCUUGAUUCAGAUUAUUAUUUUUUAUUUAAAUAUGUUAUAAGAUGCUUUAUCUCUGCUGGAGACAUUAGAUUAUAUAUAUAUAUAUAUAUAUAUAUAUAUAUAUAUAUAUAUAUAUAUAUACAUAUAUAAAGUUUUUAUUUAAACAUUUGAAAUCUGGAGCUGCCUGUGCAACCAUAGCAGACAUGAAUAACGUCCAUAGCUCUCCUCCUCUCAGUGCCCUGGUGCCAGGGCCUGCAAGGGCACCACAGGAAAACUUCCAGUGGGUGACCUACCUGUCACUGAGACUGAGCAGUGGGACAGAGGAGAGAGUUUCACUGCACUGGGUAUGCUGGUGGUUGUCACAGAAAGGCCCAGAAGAACGUUGGAUAGAAAUCCCUACAGGCUCUAGAGUUUUCCAUAUGCUAAAUUCAGGCUUCCUAGGAGGUUCACAGGCUUUUAAAAUACCAAAAUCCACCUAGCUGAAUGGCUGCACCUUGGGCCUGGGAGUGCAAUACUGCUGUGCCAGUGACCUCGUGCUUUGUUUACAUGAUACCAUAUCACUCAGACUGUCAAUGCUAAUUCUCCCUGUCAGUAUCCCAAAGCAGGUGGCUGACUCUGCCUUCAGAGCAGUGCUUGGGUUCCUGCACACCCAACCUGACCUGUCACUGGGGUGUACUUGUACCUUGACAAAGGUGCCUUUGAGAGCUUUCAGACAAGGCCAGUGCCUGAACUGGGUUAGACUCAAAUGCAGAAGCAUGUCAUGGUGCCAUUCCACUGGAGUCUUGUUUCCUUGACCUGGCCUCCACAAGCCAAAUUUGUGCUGUGUCAGCUGGAUGGGGGAGGAAGGGGAGCACAGGUCCUGAAGAGGGCCGGGCUGCCACAUGGAGGGCACUGCCACAGGAGGGCAGUGGCUCAGCAGGCCCCCAUUCCCUGUGUUCUGAGCCCUCUCUCACAGUUCAGAUCCCCCCUCCAGUUCAGCACAGCUUGAGCAGGUGACAGCACCUUGUUCUUGUGCUCAUGGCUCACAAGUGACUGCACUUGGGCUCCAAGGAGGAGUAAAUCAGCUCAAGAAAUGUCAGACCAAGGCUAGAUGUGAGUUAAGGCUGGAGCUGCUGUCCUGGUUGUGCCAUAAGCAAGGUACUGUUAGUAAAUCUGGGUUUAUCUCCCAUUCCCUGCCAGGAUGUGCUGGGACCUACAGCACAACACUGCAGCAGAGAUGGUUCUAAUUCCAGGUGCUCACCCCAUAGCAAGUCCCUGCCCAGGCUGGGGAUUCCUGUAAUCCCAUGAGCCUUUCCUCCUCCCCAGACCUCACAGGACUCCUCUGCAAGGGUUCUGUCACCUGAAAUUCCUUAACAAUAGCUCUAAGACUUGGCUAAAGAACCAGAGCCAGAAGUGUUCCUCUAGUGCCUGAGCAAGCAGGUGCUAGAAAUAACAAAGCAAAGCAAAUCCCAACAAUGCUUCACUUCCUACCUCGUGCCACUAUUUACACUCAGACAGGAAACACAGCCUGUAGUCUGGGAGCCAAACACUUGGCUUUAAAGGCACAUGAAUUUCUGAUUCCCAUUAAGAAAUUCCUUUUUAAGCUGUUUAAAAAGAAACAAAAAGCAACCCAACAAUCAGUCAUUUCAUCUCAGAGACCAAAGAAGAUUAACCACAUUGUCUAAAUUGCUUUUCUGAUAGGCUCUGUGUUGUAGCAUUUAUUGUCAACAAAAUGGAACAUUUCUGCUAAGGUUCAGAGAUUAGGAAUUCUCCUUAAACUUAAUUCUCAGAAGUCAAGAAUGAAAAGGGAACUGAAGUGUUCUGUAAUGUCACUGCAGUCCUUGUUUGUGACAGACUCCAGUCCCUGUCAGAGCUCAGUGCUGGUUUUAUCCUUUGUGCACAUGAAGGAAGUGCUGUGGAUUCUGUUUAAACAAGGACAGAGGGAAGGGAGCAAACAAAGGAGUGAGAAAUGAGUCCAACCUUCACUAAGGGAUCCCUGAAUCCCUGCUGCCACAUGUUCCAGGCUAAGAGAGGGAGGCUCAGGCUUCUUCAGAUCCUUGCUGCAUUCAGCAGGGUCUGUGCAAGUGUCCAGAGGCACCAGGGAGGCUUCAGCUGCCCCUCAGUUAAUCAAGAGGGUUUUCUUCUACUCCUCUUCAUAAAGGGGAUUUUUUAAAGCAUUAACUCCCCCCAGCUGAUUCUGCACUGGCAGUCAGGUGGUUUCUACACAGUGUGGGAAACUGAGGCAAUGGGACCUGCCCAAAGAGGCAAGAGAAUGACCCAAAAGGCAGCAAGCUGCCAUCCCAAGUGGCUCCUGCUGCCACCGCUCCCAGAGCAGGUCUGCGUGGCCCCAGGAGCCUCUCCCCUUACAGUCAGGGUGACUGAACCCCUUAAAUGUCUGGCUGUGCUCUGGGAAGCAGAGUUCUUCCAAGCUCCACCCCAAAUGUUGUUCUCUUCUGUUGGCUUUAUUGUCUGGUAAACCAGCACUUACAAUCACUUUUACUACGUGAUGUACGGGAGUAUUAGUAUAUUUUCUUGUUAUACAAGGGAGGAGUAUAAAAUAGUUUUCUGAUUUCUUUCGGAAGCAAAUGACUAUUUUAUUUUUUAAGAGCAAUUGAUUGUGAAUCUCAGAGUAUAAAAAACAAAAGAUAAGCCAAAUAUAUACCUUUAUGUAAAUUAAGAAAUAAAAGUAUUUAAAAUGUA